CUCGCUUUCCCCUUCCCCCACCGCCGCCAGCCCUGAGAGGGGUGGGGUGUCCUCGGACGGCCUGGCUUGGGGCCCUCCGGCGCUAGGCGGCUGCGCACUGCGUGGGCCCCGCCUCCCGACCCGACCUCCCUCCUGCCCGCCAGUUUUACUUCCUUUUCCUCUUCGCGUGGUCUCCGUGCUACUCCAGCCAUUUCAUUCGCGCUCGCCCGCCCUAAGCCCGGCCGCCUUUGGGAGGUUUUUACCGCCGUCGUUUCGACCCUGAUAUAACUCUUGCUUUGGGUAUAGCCACCUACAUGAUGGGGCGAGUCUUAGCGUUACCUCUCUGGGGGUUUGGUGUGAAGAAUGGGCCUGUAAAACUCGAAACGCGGUAUAAACCUAAGUGGAGCGGUGGCCAGAGUGCUAGACGGGAAGAUCUGAGUUUGAAUCUUGUCUCACACUUAAUAGAGAGGCUUCGAGACGGAGUGCUCAGAGAUAUAGAGAGGCAAAAUCGGAAAAAAGAAAAUGUUCGUAUUUUGGAAGAACAGAUUAUUUUGACUGAGCAUCUUGAAGCAGAAAGAAAGAAGAUGUUAUUGGCAAAGGGUUCUCAAAAAACAUGAAUUUUGA